UGUAGUAAUAUGUCACAUUGAUUAUUUGUGCAAAUCCGUUAGCAAUAAAUAAAUACACUUAUACACUUUUAUUUCUUAUAAGUGUAUACAAUAUGUUGAAAGCACUGCAAGGUACUCAUAGAAAGGAAAUUGCGAUUUUCAGCAAAACUGGGGGUUGUUAAUAAAACAUUCAUGACUUAGCCGCACUAUGUAACAGCGACUUGACAAGAGGUUGUGUUUUGGAGCUCCGGUGAUUUUUUUGUUUAUUCAUUCGUGAAGUCAUUCUUAGGUGAGGAAACCGGUUGAAAUUGAAUGGUAUGCUCAAGUAUUUGUGAUUUUGUUGUGGAAAAGGUUCUAAAUGGGUAAAAGAAAGAAGAAGAAGGAAAACAGCAGUUCGGACAGUAGUGACAAUAGCCAGCCCAAGUUGGUGAGUAGUGUUCUCAAUGAAACAAACAGUGUAUUACACGGCGCUACUCCAAACGAAUACGCACAGCAGCCAAUGACAUCUACACCAACGAUGAACAGCCAGCAAUAUAUGCAUUUGUUAAAUUCGCCCAUGAUGUCCGCACCAACAGGCCAGAUCGAUUUGUCACCCCCACCCUGGGCAAUUACGCUAACAAACGCUAUUCACGCGUUGGAUCAAAAAGUGGAUGUGGUUGCAAAGAAGUUAGAAAAACUAGAGUGUGUUGAAGCUAAAAUGACUGAAUUUGAAAAAGAACUUUCUAAAGUAAGAGCUGAUAUUAAUAAAAGUCAGUUAAAAACGGAAGAGAUGUUAGAAAAACUUAACGACAGGGCUGACAGUUUUGAAUUUCAGUUCAGUGAUUUAGCGGACCGUGUAACCGGUGUAGAAGCCGAGAACAAAAGCCUCAAGAGUGAAAUUGUCGAUUUAAAGUCACGCUCCAUGCGAGACAAUCUAAUCUUUGCCAACAUACCCGAGAAAGACAACGAGACGCCUGACAUGACAGAAAACGUCCUUCGCGAAUUCCUUGAAGUCAAUCUCAAAAUGGACAAAGCAGAAACCGCCAACGUGAAGUUCGAAAGAGUUCACAGGAUGGGUGGCCGAUUCAAACCCCGAGCGAUUGUUGCAAAGUUUAGCGACUGCAAACAACGACAACACGUAAAAGCUCUUGCAGCAGUUGAAGCAGCGCCAUCCCGACCGUUUCGACGCUGUGGCUACUGAGGGGCAGGGCCAGGCCCAGGAGACGGGCAAGGAGACAGAGGAGA